GAAUCCCCCGAAUUAUUUCUUGGAUGAUAUAAAAUUUUAACGAAAUUUUAUGUAUCUUUGAUGUUUAAUCGUUUCAUCGACGUGUCCUACAUUUUUAUCUGAUUUGUAAUAUCGUUAUGUAUGAACAUAAUUUAUACGCGUUUUUUUUUGUAUCUGUAGCCGAUGGGGAUUUUUUUUAAUGUUUUUAAAAUAAAUAAAAUUUGUACUAAAAAGACUUUUAAGAGUUGUACCAGGAACUAUCUACAAAAGAAUGCGCCUACAUUUUCUUUGACAUACUUUCAUUAAGCCGUUACUGGUGUACGUCCCCAACAGUUUAACCACUUUAACUACUUAUUUCCGUUAUACUCGUUCGUGGCGGCAGUCUUCGUUCAGAUUUUGUCAAGUUUAGACGUAAUUUUAAAGAAGUUAACAACAUGGGUAGUGACGAUGUUGUGAUUGUAUCGGCUGUCCGGACUCCCAUAGGAUCAUUUUGUGGAUCCUUAUCAUCGCUGAAAGCAUCAGAUUUGGGCAGUGUUGUUAUUAAAGAAAGUCUUGCAAGGAUCAAUGUUCAAGCCUCAGAUGUUUCUGAAGUUAUAUUUGGACAAGUAUUAACUGCGGGUCAUGGACAAAAUCCAGCAAGGCAGGCAGCUAUGAAAGCAGGCAUUCCUAUAACUGUACCUGCAUAUGUCCUGAAUAUGUUAUGUGGUUCUGGAUUAAGAUUAUUUUUUAUAAAAUGCAUGUGUUUUAGAGCAAUUAUAAGUGGUUAUAUGUCCAUAAAAGCUGGAGAAAGUCAAAUUGUUGUGGCUGGUGGUCAAGAAAGCAUGAGUCAGGCAACACAUGCAAUGCAUCUUAGAAAUGGUGUACGAUUAGGAGACGGUACUUUAGUAGAUACUUUACUACAUGAUGGAUUAACAGAUGCAUUUCAUGGAAUUCAUAUGGGAAUAACAGCUGAAAAUCUUUCUAAGGAUUAUAAUAUAAGUAGAGAAGCUCAAGAUCAAUAUGCAAUGACAUCUCAGAAAAGAACAGAAACUGCAAUUAAUAAAGGCCUCUUUGAUAAAGAAAUUGUUCCUGUAACAGUACUUACUAAGAAAGAAACAACCAUAGUGGACAAAGAUGAGUUUCCUAAGUUAGGAAUAACCAUUGAAAGUCUUCAAAAAUUUAGACCAAACUUUUUGAAAACUGAUGGUACUGUUACUGCUGGUAAUUCUUCAGGUAUAAAUGAUGGAGCAGCUGCAGUGGUUCUCAUGUCUGCAGAAGUUGCAGCUCAAAGAGGACUUUCUCCAUUAGGUAAAAUUGUUGCUGUAGCCCAAGCUGGAGUAGAACCAAGGAUUAUGGGUAUAGGUCCUGUUCCAGCAGUUGAGUUAGUGUUGAAAAAAGCAAACUGGACUAAAGAUGAAGUGGACUUAUAUGAACUAAAUGAAGCAUUUGCAGCACAAGCAAUAGCAUGUGUUGAUUCUCUUGGCUUAGAUAGAAGUAAAGUUAAUGUAAAUGGAGGGGCUAUUGCAUUGGGUCAUCCUAUUGGUGCAUCUGGUGCCAGAGUAUUAGUAACAUUAUUAUACGCUUUGGAACAAACUGGUGGAAAUAAAGGUGUUGCUUCCUUGUGUAUUGGUGGUGGAAUGGGAAUAGCAAUUGCUGUUCAAAGAAAAUAGCAAAUAAUUGAUCUAGUUAAAUUUGCUUAUUUUGUAGGAACAGAAUUUUGUUGGCAUUUAUGCAUAGUUAUUUUAUGACAUGACGGUAUGUGAAUAAAUCACAUAUUAUUAUUGUUAUUUUUAUCAAGUAUUUGUUAAAGUAUUAAAUGACUUUAUACUACUAUAAUAAAGAGUAGCUAAUAUUAUAAGAAGUAGAAUGUGUAAAAAGCAUAACUGUAUGUCGAAAACAUACAUUUAUACUACCAUUUUUCUUAACUAAGUUAGAAUAGCCAAGUGCUAAUACCAGUAUGCGCAAGUAAAAUCAUUUUAUUUGCUUUUAUGAAAUAGUACAUUUUUAAUAAUAUAUUUGCCAACUAUAUUUAAAAUUUGUAC